GAAUGUGGAUUGCUACUUUCAUACGUAUAUUUACGUCACCUUGAAGGAAAGCAUUCGUGGCAUUGUUUUGUUCCUUUUUCGUUAGAUCCGUUUCUCGCGAAUAGUGUGGUCGGCAUAAUGGUGUGCAUCUCGUGUGUCGUGGUCCCGGUGGUGCUGUACAUCUGGCACCGGUUCCUGCAGCCGCUGAUACUCCGAUUCUGGAACCCGUGGGGCGCAGUGGAGGCGAGCGGCACGUCCCAGCCGGCCGCAGAGCCGCUCAAGUGUCCGUUCAGCGGGCCGGGCGCCGACACGGCGGCCGCCGGCGCCGGGGAGAAGAGCGCCGCAGCGCCGCCGCCGGCCGCCUGUCCCGCCUCCGGGCACGUCAAAGGAGACUGACGAGCCGGGCGGGUAGCGGCACUGGGGAUGACACUUGCGGACUGGAGACGGCAUUAGGGUCGGGACAGCGACUUUUCUGCACUGGACGAGCGGACUGACCGCCGCCGGCGUACUGAUCUGACGCUGGCGUGGGAGCGACUGUGACAUCGCGAAUAGGAAUAUGUUUAUGUUUUAUCUAUAAUGAACAGCUGUGCUUGUGGAACAAUAGAUCCGGGGUCGAAUGGUCCUGUGCGUCAGUAACUAUAAUUGGAAGGCAAGAUGUAGAUGACUAGCCAUGCCAUAUUGUGGUGGUGUUAGCGUCAGUUGGUUGUUGUGCUGGUGUGCAUCGUUUUGUGUGAAUGUGCAUCGUCACCCGUCAGUUAGUUCAUUGACUGGGCUGUCAUCGCCCAGUGGCAUUUAUUUUUGGAUCUAUCAGUUAUUUGAGCUAUUGAGAACCUGUCAACAAUAAUCAUGUGUACCGUGUAAUUCGCGAACUAAGGUCAAGAACCCCACGAUAUAUAAAGCUAUAGCCGAUAGAAAUCAGAAGCACAUAAUCUUCCGUCGUCUGUCGAUGUUCAUAUUUUCAAAUGUGCAUCGUUAUGGAUCGUGGGAAGCAUGCAAUACAUAAUAAAAAUAUGUCUAUU